AUGAACGGGCAGCUUCUACUCGGUGAGUUUCUUUCCAUUUUAGAAAUUUCGAAUGCUGAUUCAGCUGUUUUGCGUAGGUUAAAGCGUAGUAGUCGCAGCAAGAAGCGAUCAGCUUCAGGUGGAAAAGCAUAGAAAAGUAAAAUAAAAAUGAAAAUGAAUGUGUUUUUUGAAAUAAAAUCCAAAGCUAAGAUUUACAGGCUCAAAUGUUUUUUGACUGCAAUAAAUAAUAACUGGACUCAAUCUGCGAAGUGCCAUUUAGGUCUGAACUUACUAUUCAAAUUUUAAAAUGAGAAUCUGGCAGACAACGUCUAUAUUUGCAAUCUGACAGAUUUUUCAAGCCCUCUAUCCGACAAAUAAUCUUAAACCUUUUGUAUUUUUCAAAAACAGAAGAUUUGCAAGUUUCCAGCUUCAAAGAUGAGAUACGUUGUCAAGCUUCUUUAAAACUUCAGAAGAUAUUUUAAGCAUUAUUGAUCUGAAGCCUGAUUGCAGCGAUACUUCUCUGCCUCUGCCUCAGCACGUCGGCGUUGCGUGGCGCUCUCUUCAGAAGUGGCCGUAGUGUGAGGCAACCCAUCGGACAGGUUUUCUCCCAAUUUACCUUAUUUUUGAGGUCUCAUCAACUUCAAGCCUUAUUUUUAACUGCUAGAAUCUCUCAAAAUUUGAGGAAAGCGGAGAACAAGUGUAUCCAAUGAGGCGAUUCAACGGAAAGUCAGGCUACGACGUGCCGCCGAUAUACCUGCCUCUCUACGACCGUUAUCCGUUCUAA